UUCUCCGUCCCGCCUUCUGAUUGGCUGCCGUGGAGACUCGCCAAUAUGGCGGCGCCCAGCUCGUAUCUGAAUUGCGAGGACUUCGCUGAAUUUCAGGAGUUGCUCAAGGUGAUGAGAACAAUCGAUGACAGAAUAGUUCAUGAGUUAAACACUACUGUUCCAACAGCUUCUUUUGCAGGAAAAGUUGAUGCUAGUCAAACUUGUAAAGAACUUCAUCAGUCGCUGACAGAGGCUCAUGAAAGUAGAGAGAGUAUGAUCAAAAGAUGUAUUGCCCAAACUUCUAAUGUAGUAAAAACUCUACAAGAAGAGAGAAAGAAGUCUCUGGAAGACAUAGAAUUAUUAAAAAGGCUCAGGAAAGAACAAACAAAGUUGAAAUUAAUGCAGUCAGAGUUGAAUGUUGAAGAAGUGGUAAACGACAGAAGCUGGAAGGUAUUUCAUGAACGCUGCAGAGCUCAUUAUAGGCCUCCAAAGAAUCAAUGAUGCAAAUGAGGGGAAGUCUUCCCUGCAAGUAGAUUUCAAUCAUGCAAAUAAACUGAAGAAGAAAAUGGAGCAAGCUGCACAGGACCUUUUGAAAAGUCAGAUCUGUGGGGUUCAACCAAAUGAAUAAUUUUGCUAAUUAAGAUAAACUAAAUGCUAAUUUGUACAAGAUGUACGGAGAAAAACUUUUUAUUAAAAAAACCAGUUUGAA